AUGGCUUUGGGCCUCCCAGCAAUGAAAUGGAAUGUACAAUCUCAUUCGACUAUGCAACAAACAACUUUGCACAAUGUGCGUGUCUUUCUCGACUUGAGGAGUUAUGACAGGUUUUUUAAUAUGCUAGAAAAGUUCUACCAUAAACUCCCGGAUUAUAUAUAA